GCGGCUUUCUGCGCGUCAGAGCCGGGUCUGCGGCGGGGAUCCGGCCGCGCUCCCUCAGACCGAAAGCUGAAACUCUCCACCGGCUACCGGAGGCCGUGGCUACCUCCCUGCUGGCACCCCCACUACCCCCGCCUCCUGGGGCGCUGCCAGGGCAAGCCCGGGAGUCCCUUUAGCCACAGUGGACAUGCGUGUCGGCGGAUCAUGGCCGCUCUUUCGGACCUGCCGGACUCGCUCGUACUGGAGAUCUUCUCUUACCUCCCGGUGCGGGACCGGAUUCGCCUCUCCAGGGUCUGUCGCCGUUGGAAGAGGCUGGUGGACGACCGGUGGCUGUGGCGACACGUGGACCUGACCGUCUGCCGGAUGCGGCCUAAAAUCAUGUGGCACCUCCUACGCCGGUACAUGGCAUCCAGACUCCAUUCCCUGCGGCUGGGUGGCUACCUGUCUUCAGGUUCCCAGACUCCCCAAUUGUCUCCAGCCCUGAUGAGGGCCCUGGGCCAGAAGUGCCCCAACCUCCAGCGUCUCUGCCUGCAUGGUGCUGACCUCAGCAUGGUGCCAAUCACCAGCCUGCCUUCCACCCUGAGGACCCUGGAGCUGCAUAGCUGUGAAAUUUCCAUGGCCUGGCUCCUCAAGGGGCAGUACCCCACUGUGCUGCCCCUGCUCGAGUGCAUCGUGCUGGACCGUGUCCCUGCCUUUCGGGAUGAGCACCUACAGGGCCUGACACACUUCCAAUCCCUGCGUUCACUGGUGCUGGGUGGCACCUACCGGGUGACUGAGACUGGGCUGGAUGCAAGCCUGCAGGAGCUGAGCUAUCUGCAGAGGCUGGAGGUGCUGGGUUGUACCUUCUCAGCGGACAGCACCCUCCUGGCCAUCAGCCGCCACCUCCGAGAUGUGCGGAAGAUCCGGCUGACCAUCACGGGGCUCUCUGCCCGUGGCCUAUCUGCCCUGGAGGGAAUGCCAGCCCUGGAGAGUCUGUGCCUGCAGGCCCCGCACAUCACCCUGGAAAUGCUUUCCCUGGCUGAAAUAAUCUCCUGCUGCCUCACCAUGCCCAAGCUUAGGGUCCUUGAGCUGCAGGGGCUAGAGUGGGACGGUCAGGAGGUAGAGAGGAUCCUGUGCCAGGGCUUGCCCCACUGUCUGGUCAUCAUCAGGGCCUGCCCCAAAGAGUCUAUGGAUUGGUGGAUAUGAUUCACCACCUGUCUCUAAGAGCCAUCUCAGUUUUCAUUAACGAGCAAGCCAUCUGAGCAGCACCUUGCAGAUGGCAGGUAAUUAGGCUAGAGGGGCCUAAAGGCCAAAGAUAGAGAGAAAUGAGGCCUUGGCACCGCCAGACAAUGGGAAUUGUUUGUCAGUUGUAUGGAUUCUGUGACAUCAGCCAGCUGGUCCCCAGAUCUGGAAAUGGGGAAGACUACAUUUACCUCAUGGUUAUGUUGCAAAGCCUUAUACUUGACCCAACCCAAGAAGGUCCUCAAUGAAGGGUCAUUCUCAGGGCAGUCCUCAGGAACAGGAUGGAUGCAGAAGGGUGUGGUUAGGAGGUAGGGGGACCUGAGGAGCCAGGGCCCCUGGAAGAGCUGUCUACAUGUGCACCAUCACACCUACACCACUAAUUUUCCUACAUGAGUGGAGGAGACACAGAAAGUACAGGUGUGACUUGUCUUUGGUGAUCAAAAUAAUGAAAGUUCUAAACUAUUUUUUUAUAUUUCCCAAGUUUUCCACAAUCUAUAUUAUUUUGCUAUUAAAGAAAAUUACUCAUUUUUUCAAAA